ACAUCACCAGUAAAGGAGUCAAGCUGGUGUCCAUCGGAGCUGAGGAGAUCGUCGACGGCAACGCUAAAAUGACCCUGGGAAUGAUCUGGACCAUAAUCCUUCGCUUCGCCAUCCAGGACAUCUCUGUGGAAGAAACAUCAGCUAAAGAGGGUCUUCUUCUGUGGUGCCAGAGGAAGACUGCUCCUUACAAGAACGUCAACAUUCAGAACUUUCACAUUAGCUGGAAAGAUGGGUUGGGAUUCUGUGCUCUCAUUCACAGACACCGUCCAGAGCUCAUUGACUAUGGCAAGCUACGCAAGGAUGACCCCAUGACCAACCUGAACACAGCCUUCGACGUGGCAGAGAAGUACCUGGACAUUCCCAAGAUGUUGGACGCUGAGGAUAUCGUGGGCACGGCCCGCCCGGAUGAGAAGGCCAUCAUGACCUACGUAUCUAGCUUCUACCACGCCUUCUCUGGUGCUCAAAAGGCGGAGACGGCGGCCAAUAGGAUCUGCAAGGUGUUGGCUGUCAACCAGGAGAAUGAGCAGCUGAUGGAGGACUACGAGAAGCUGGCUAGUGACCUCCUGGAGUGGAUCCGUCGCACCGUCCCGUGGCUGGAGAACCGUGCCCCAGAGAAGACCAUGCUGGCUAUGCAGCAGAAGCUGGAGGACUUCAGGGACUAUCGGCGUCAACACAAACCCCCAAAGGUCCAGGAGAAGUGCCAGCUGGAGAUCAACUUCAACACCCUGCAGACCAAGCUGAGACUCAGCAACAGGCCUGCCUUCAUGCCCUCUGAGGGGAAGAUGGUGUCGGACGUGUCUAACGCGUGGGGCGGCCUGGAGGGGGCGGAGAAGGGUUACGAGGAGUGGCUCCUUAACGAGAUACGCCGGCUGGAGAGACUCGACCACCUGGCUGAGAAGUUUCGGCAGAAAGCAGCCAUCCACGAAGCCUGGACUGAAGGUAAGGAGGAGAUGCUGCAGGCGCGGGACUUUGAAACGGCCUCUCUGUCUGAGAUCAAGGCUCUGCUGAAGAAACACGAGGCCUUCGAGAGCGACCUGGCCGCGCACCAGGACCGCGUAGAGCAGAUAGCUGCCAUCGCUCAGGAGUUAAAUGAGCUAGACUACUAUGACUCCCCCAGUGUGAACAGUCGAUGCCAGAGGAUAUGUGACUUAUGGGACGCCCUAGGAGCCCUGACCCAGAAACGCAGCGAAGCUCUGCAGAGAACUGAGAAGCUUCUGGAGACCAUAGACCAGUUGUAUCUGGAGUUUGCUAAGCGAGCUGCUCCGUUCAACAACUGGAUGGAGGGAGCCAUGGAGGAUCUGCAGGACACCUUCAUAGUUCACACCAUAGAGGAGAUACAGGGUCUGAGUACAGCCCACGAGCAGUUUAAAGCCACUCUCCCUGAUGCGGAUAAGGAACGCGGUGCCAUCCUGGGCAUCCACAAUGAGAUCGCCAAGAUAGUGGCCACCUAUCAUGUGAACAUGGCUGGUACCAACCCUUACACCACCAUCAACCCUCAGGACAUCAACGCCAAGUGGGACAAGGUGAGACAGCUGGUUCCCCAGAGGGACCAGGCUCUGAUCGAAGAGCACGCCCGGCAGCAGAACAACGAGCGUCUCCGCAGGCAGUUCGCCAACCAAGCCAACGUCAUCGGGCCCUGGAUCCAAACCAAGAUGCAGGAGAUUGGUCGUAUCUCCAUCGAGAUGCACGGAACCCUGGAGGAUCAGCUGACCCACCUCCGCCAAUACGAGAAGAACAUCGUCAACUACAAGCCAAAGAUCGACCAAUUGGAGGGAGACCACCAACUGAUUCAGGAAGCUCUCAUCUUCGACAACAAGCACACCAACUACACCAUGGAGCAUAUCCGUGUGGGCUGGGAGCAGCUCCUGACCACCAUCGCCAGAACCAUCAACGAGAUCGAGAACCAGAUUCUGACGCGGGAUGCCAAGGGCAUCAGCCAGGACCAGAUGAACGAGUUCAGAGCCUCCUUCAACCACUUCGACAGGGAUCACUCGGGCACCCUGGGGGCUGAGGAGUUCAAGGCCUGCCUGAUCAGUCUGGGCUUCGAUAUCGCCAACGAUGCACAGGGUGAAGCGGAGUUCUCUCGCAUCAUGAGCAUCGUGGAUCCCAACCGGGUGGGCGUGGUCACGUUCCAGGCCUUUAUUGAUUUCAUGUCCCGGGAGACGGCCGAUACAGACACCGCUGACCAGGUCAUGGCCUCCUUCAAGGUCCUGGCUGGGGACAAGAACUUCAUCAUGGCUGAUGAGCUUCGUCGUGAGUUGCCUCCUGAUCAGGCAGAGUACUGCAUCGCCCGCAUGGCGCCCUACACCGGCACCGACGCCGUCCCCGGCGCCCUGGACUACAUGUCCUUCUCCACCGCACUCUACGGAGAGAGUGACCUCUGAGUGAUCCUUGGAUGACCUUUGACCCCUGACCUGGGAGGUUAUGCCCUAUGAGGUCACGCACCAGUCUACCUGCUCUCUCCACCGCCCACAAGACCCUCCUACUGCCCUCCCAGUGAGCACAAGACGUUGACAAAACGUCAUUUUGUUUGAAAAGACGUCAAAAAUACAUAUUUCUGGUUGAAAAUAUGUAAUUUUUGGUAAAAAUAUGUGGAAAAAAUAUGUAUUUUUGAUUGAAAAGACAUCAACAUCUUGUUCUCACUGGGCCAUCACUACAGCCCUGCUCUUGUCUGGGUCCCAGAUCUGUUGGUGAUAUCUUACCAUACCGUCACUCAUCGUUGUCACGCCAGUUUGCCAAAACAUCACAAGACAGAUCUGGCAUCAGGCUAGCUCUGCUCUACAGCGCUCAAAACAGAACAGAUCGAUAUGGCAUCAGGCUAGCUCUGCUCUACAGCGCUCAAAACAGAACAGACAGAUCUGGCAUCAGGCUAGCUCUGCUCUACAGCGCUCAAAACAGAACAGAUCGAUAUGGCAUCAGGCUAGCUCUGCUCUACAGCUCAAAACAGAACAGACAGAUCUGGC